ACCAUAGAUCACAAAGUUUGAAAUUAAUCUAACCCUACUUUUCUGACGUUCAUACAUAACGAUAAAUAAACAUUAGAAAUUGUUAAGAAUGUUUAGAACAGUAUUAUCUUAUUUUUGGAAAGAUAAUUCUUCAGAAUUUUCUGUGGAUAACGCAUAUAAACUUUUGGAGAAAUCAUGUGAAAACGACGUAAAAAAGGAAGAUGAUAUAUGCGAAGAAACAGAGCAAGAAUAUUCAACGUAUCACAAAACUGGUGUAGUGACUUCUGCCAAAAAGAAUACAUUUAUUAUCGAUAAUACCUACCGAUUUGAGUGUGAUGUGAUAAAUCUAAAAGUUGGAAUGAAAGUAUCUUUUGUAGCAUAUUUUGCAGAAGGCAAGACACAUGUGUCCCAUGUAAAAGUUUUGGAUGACGAUUGGAACUUGGAAGUAGAUGAGGAAAAUCGAUCUUGGUGUACUAGGUCACUAAUUACGAAAGUAGUAAAACGAGAAAAUAGAAAGAUCCACAUAUCACCUGGCGAUUUUAUAAUAAAUUUAAAUAAAGUACAUUCUGAGUUUGUUCCUAUUGUUGGUGACUGGAUAGAUCUGCAAGUGAAAGUGGAAGUGGAAUGGCAAGUGGCUGAUUUGUUUGGGAAAAUAUUGGAAGUGGAAGCAAUAAGACCAUUGCGACCAAGAGUUCUUCAAGGAGUUAUUAAAAAGUGGGAUCAAAAUAAAGGAAUGGGUGUAAUUGACAAUAAGAUCUUUUUUAAUAGUGAGAGUUUAGUUGGCGGUUAUACACCUUUAGUUAACGAUAAAGUGAUCACAGAAGCAAUAGAAAGUGAACAGGGUAUGUAUAUUUGGAGGUCAUUGAAGAUAAUUCCUCAAACUAAUAAGCAACAUGUAAAUGAUUUUUUUUAUAAAUUAUGUGAUUCUGAAUAUGAAACUGACGUGGAGGGUGUUAAUAUUUCUGAUGAUAUUUAUUUGAAUGUUUCUGAGAAUAACAAAACAUAUAACUUUGUUUUUGAAAUUACAAAUAACACAAAAGAUUUACUGAUAUUGUUAAAUGCAUAUUUUUCCAAUAAAAGUAGUCCAUUUAAGAUAAGUACAACAUUUAAUGAAAAAGGUUUAGAAAUUAGCGCUGGUCAGAGUUUAAAAAUAGAAUGUGAAUGUUUUGUUGUAUGUACAGCAUCAAAUUUGAUAUUAUUUGACUUUGAAAAGUUUAAAAUUGGCCGCCAAGUUACAAUAAAUUAUGAAACUAACAAACAACCAUAUGACAAAGCUAAGCAUGUUCAUGGCAACAAUUUGCUAUUACAAGCUAGAAUGUUUACUAACAGGAAAUCUAAGGAUUUAAUUCCUGGACAAAAAGUUGUCCAAACUCCUAGAUUUAUUUCUGCAAGAUUACCAGAGUAUCCUGUACCUGAGAAACUAUUCAACAUAAUUUUAAAGCAUAAUUCAUUCAAUGACAACCCACAACUUAGUCAAGAAUUAACUUCAACUAAACCUUGUCUUACUGCUUCCCUGACUUUAAGUAUAUAUGAAGAUAAAUUUCACACUUUGUUACAUUUGGAGGAGAUAUAUAAUUUGAUUGCAAUUAGAACUUACGACCAAGAUGCAGCAUGUUUUAUUAGAAAUGGGGAAUACUUGAUGCUAGAAAUUGAAAAUUUGUCUGAACGAAGGCCUUCAAUUAUUGUUGGAGACAGGAUUAUAGCAAAGGAUUCUUAUAAAAAUGAUGCUGUUUCAUAUGAAGGGUAUGUGCACAAAGUUGGAGCCAAACAUAUAUACAUAAAAUUUGCCCCAAUGUUUCAUGACUCCUAUGGAGGAGAAGAUUAUUCUGUUAAAGUUGUGAGUUCACGGACAACUUUUAGACGUCUGCAUCAAGCAGUUGGUUUGGUCGUGAGAAAUUUGGGAUCUACAAUCUUAUUACCUACAAAAGUAGUUGAGAAGGCGCCGCAGCUGAAUUUUACCUAUGAUGAAUACUAUAAUAUACUUCAUACAACUCAUAAGAAAUUAAAAAAUAGAAGUUUAUCUGAUGCCACAAACUGUGGUUCUUUAGAAAGAAAAAAAGACAAUAAGGAGGACGAAAACACUAUUCCGAAUCAAGGGUCUAAACUCCUCCUUAAUAUUAAUACUGAAGACAAUUUUCAUAAUGAAAAUAAAAAAUGGAGAAAUAAUAACUACAGUACAACAAAAACUCCAAUUUCUACCAACAAUCGGCGUUUUAAACUUGAAUGGUAUGAUAAAAGUUUAAAUUAUUAUCAGAAGGAAGCUGUUCGAAAUGUUUUGGUGGGAACAGCGCGACCACUCCCUUACGUUAUUUUUGGGCCUCCGGGCACCGGCAAAACCGUAACUUUGAUUGAGAUUAUUCUACAAAUUUUGCGUAUGAUACCUCACUCCAGAUUAUUGGUGGCAGCUCCAUCCAAUAGUGCUGCAGACUUGCUGGCAACAAGACUGGUUGAUUCUGGAGUUUUGAAACCGGGUGAUUUAGUAAGACUUGUGGCUUUUAAGUAUGUUUUGGAGAAUUCUGUGCCUCCUAAACUAGUCCCUUAUAGCGCAACAAUUGAUUAUUCCAAAGAAGGAUCAAGGGAAUGCUCAAUAAAUAUGAGGGAUGAUGGGAUUGUUCUAGGUAAGAAUUAAG